AUGGUUGUUUAUGAUUAUAGAGAACAUACAGAAGUUGUAAGAGAAAUCAAAGUACCGGGCAAUGAUAAUGUUGUUGGAGUUGAAUGGAUGAAAAAAACAAUUUGUUUAGGAUUUAAAAGUAAACACGUAAUGCUUAAUUAUCAGACCGGAGAAGUUGAUGAAGAUUUACAAAAACUUCAAUUAACAAACAUUGUUUCGGAUGAAUAUAGCAUUUAUGGAUGUUUUGUUAAAAUUAUUGGAAUGACGUCAGGAAUUCAAUGGAAAGAAACUCCAUUAAUUGUGAGCAUUUGUUUCCCAUUCCUUUUGGGUAUAUCUAAAAACCAUAUUGAAGUAUAUAAUAUGUACGAGAAGAGAUUUGAUGAAACUCUUGAGAACAAUAAGGCAUUUAUGUCGUCAGAUCAUAUCCAAAAAGUUUUCACAGCAAACAAAGAUUCAGUUUAUUUACUAACCCCUAAGCCAAUUGAUCAACAUAUCAGUGAUUUAAUAGAUAAGAUGAGACUUCUUGAAGCUUUUGGUUUGUUUGAAAAGACAUUUCAAGGAACCAAGAAGGAAAAGGAAAGAAAACUUUAUAUUUAUGAGCAACAAGCCGGUUUUGCCUGUUUCUUUAGAACAAGAUUUAAGGAAGCUUUUGCCCACUUCAAUAAGAGUAGGAUUGAUCCCAGAGAAAUUCUCUUUUAUUUUAAAGACCUUGUCGAACCAACCUCGAUAUUUGUGAGCCAGAAAUCAAAAGGAGAUUUGAAAGAAAAGAUUUGGCUUAGAUUGGGUGAGAGCAGGUUGAAAGAGACUUCCACACCAACUAAUGGAGUGGAAGAAUCAAUAGAACUUUUAUCGGAGUUGGAGGAUGAAAAUCUUGUUUUGGAAUAUUCAACCUGGGUUUUUGAUAUGGAUGAGUCUGCAGCAAUACAGAUACUAACCUCUAAAUUAAGGAAAAACCAAUUUAACCCUCAUCGUAUCCUUUCAUUUUUAUCUGAUUAUCCAGCUGAUACAGAGAGAGCUUACCUGGAAUUCCUUAUUGCUGUUGAGAAAAAUUUAGAAGAAAAGUUCCACACAAAAUUGAUAAUCAAUUAUAUUGACACUGUUAUUUUAUUAAAACCAACCAAGUACCUUCCUUUUGGAGUAAGAUUGGAAGCAGGUAAAGAAACUGGAUUAUUGGGGUUAAUAAGAGGAAGAUUGAUUUUCAUGUUGGAGCAUACCAAUAGCUAUAACAAGUACAAAAUUUUAAGCAAGCUUCAAAAGACUAGUUUGCACGAGGAAACAUUAAUAUUGUACAGAAAAUUACAAAAUCACGAGGCUGCUCUCAAACUGUUGGUGCAUAGAAUCCAAGAUUUAGAAUGGGCUGAAAGAUAUUGCAUUGAUUGUUAUAAGCAAAUGUUAAAUGAACGUUCGAAAGUUGAAGAGAAUGAACUUCAAGAAAUGAUGAGGCAAAGAGUUCUUCAAUCUAGUGGCAUUCUCGAAGUGUCAGAGGAGAAGGAAAAACAAACCAACAAGAAAGCCAAUGACCUUGACUUACACAACCCACUGUUUGUUUCCUUGUUAAGAAUUUGCUUGUACCCAGAGACUGGAUUUCCGAAGAAUGAGAAUUUUGCUCUCCAUAUUCUGAAAACUCAAGCUAAGAACAUUGACCCAAUGAAAAUACUUUCGAUACUCCCAGAAGAUAUUAAUCUUGCAAAGGUGUCAGAUUUCAUACGACAAGCUAUGCAGACCUCCAUUGAUGUUGGAAGACACACUCAAGUGGUUUACAACAUGAGCAAGAUAAGACAUGUGCAAAGUAAAGUAGAUUUGGCAAAGGGAGUUUCAAGAAAGGUUCUUAUCAGCGAAGAAGACUGCCGAUGUGCAGCCUGUGACAAAUCUAUUGAUGCUUGCUCUGUCUUUGUUGUACUUCCCGAUAUGUCAAUUGUUCAUUUCAAAUGUGUGAAUAAGCAUUCAAUUAAUACUCAUCCAGUAACGGGAAGAAACUUUAAAAAUUUCCCAGUUAAUUUUGAUGAACAAAUAUCUGAGGCAACAAUUUUGAAUCCACCUUAUACAAUGUAA